GCUGUAUAAUCCAUUCCCACAGUGCUUUACUCCUUCUCUUGCUGCUUUUCAAAUAUGUCGACGUUGUUAUUUCCCCUGCAAUGUGGAUAUCACUUCCAAAGAAGAAAACUAGCCGUGUUAUUACAGCAAGCCAGCUGCUAUCACCUUCUGAGGCACAACAAUGACCAGAAAAGUAGAACAUAUUACAAAAAGCAAAACACAUUCCAGGUUCCACAGUCAUGUAUAAGGCAGGCUGCGUGGCAAAAUGCUGGACCUGACAAUUGCAAACAGUUGUUAGAUGCUGCAAAGGGCCUGCAGGCGUGGCACAUAGUAGACAAGCGGACAUGCUGGCAUGGGAAUGCGGGUGGGCGUCUCCACUCUGAUCCAAAAAACGUGUUGAAGGAGGUACAUGCUGGCAAGAUUCUAGCAGCAAUGUUGUCAUAUGUUUGGCCAAAGGACAGGCCGGACCUCCGUGCUCGAGUUGCCAUCUCACUGGUGCUUCUUGCAAGUGCAAAGAUGAUGAAUAUAGCGGUUCCCUUCAUGUUUAAAUAUGCAGUAGAUGGUCUCAACCAGAUGUCGGGAAACAUGCUGAACCUGGAUGACGCAUCGAAUACAGUUGCAACCAUGGCAACGGCUGUUCUGAUUGGCUAUGGAGUUUCACGUGCUUGUUCGUCUCUUUUCAAUGAAUUACGGAAUGCCGUGUUUGGAAAGGUAGCUCAGAGCUCCAUCAGGAGAAUAGCCAAAAAUGUCUUUCUGCACCUUCAUAACCUGGAUUUAGGAUUCCACCUCAGCCGGCAGACAGGAGGACUCUCCAAAGCCAUUGAUCGGGGCACCAGAGGCAUCAGCUUUGUGCUGAGUGCUUUAGUCUUCAACUUGGGGCCCACUCUGUUUGAAGUUGUACUCGUCAGCGGGAUUUUAUAUUUUAAAUGUGGGGGCCAUUAUGCAUUAGUCACCCUGGGCACACUCUCAGCUUAUGCAGCGUUCACAGUGGCAGUUACGCAGUGGAGGACUCGGUUCAGAGUAGAAAUGAACAAAGCUGAUAAUGAGGCAGGAAAUGCUGCCAUCGACUCGCUACUCAAUUAUGAGACUGUGAAGUAUUUUAACAAUGAGAAAUAUGAAGCCGAGAAAUACGAUGGGUAUCUGAAAGUCUAUGAAGCGUACUCGCUGAAGACCACCUCGACACUCGCGAUGCUGAACUUCGGGCAGAAUGUUAUCUUCAGCGUCGGCCUCACUGGUAUCAUGAUUCUUGCGAGCCAGGGGAUCAUGUCAGGAAACCUGACGGUGGGAGACUUGGUGAUGGUCAAUGGGCUGCUCUUCCAGCUGUCUCUCCCCCUGAACUUCCUGGGCACUGUCUACAGAGAGACCAGGCAGGCCCUCAUUGACAUGAACACAUUGUUCCUUCUACUCAAUACCGACACCAAGAUUAAGGAUAAGGACCUGGCCCCUCCUUUGAUGAUAACUCCCCAGGACGCCACCAUCAAGUUUGAAGACGUGUAUUUUGAGUAUCAGGAAGGCCAGAAAGUCCUGAACGGCGUGUCGUUUGAAGUGCCAGCGGGGAAGAAGGUGGCCCUUGUAGGCGGCAGUGGGUCAGGGAAGAGCACAAUAGUAAGAUUGCUGUUCCGUUUUUAUGAACCCCAGAGAGGAAACAUCUACAUUGCUGGUCAGAAUAUCAGAGAAGCCAGUUUGGACAGCCUAAGGAAAGCGCUUGGGAUUGUACCACAGGAUGCUGUUUUAUUCCACAACACAAUCUUCUAUAACCUUCAGUACGGGAACAUCAAUGCAUCGCCUGAGGAAGUGCAUCAGGUGGCGAAACUAGCAGGAAUUCACGAUGCCAUCCUGCGAAUGCCCAAUGGUUACAACACACAAGUCGGGGAGAGAGGACUGAAACUGUCAGGAGGAGAAAAGCAAAGAGUAGCCAUUGCCAGAGCCAUCCUGAAAAACCCCCCUAUCCUCUUGUAUGAUGAAGCCACAUCUUCUCUGGACUCCAUCACUGAAGAGAAUAUACUAAGUUCUAUGAAAGAGAUGGUAAAAGAUCGCACGUCCAUCUUCAUCGCUCACAGGCUGUCUACUAUUGUAGAUGCAGAUGAAAUUAUUGUCCUGAAUCAGGGUAAAGUAGCGGAGCGGGGUUCUCACUACGAACUCCUGAGCAACCCAAACAGCCUGUACUCAGACCUGUGGAACACGCAGAACAGCAAGAUCCUGAGCAGCAAUGGCAAGCCGGAUGAGAAGAGCGAGAGGCUGACCAGGAAAGAGGAGGAGAGGAAGAAACUGCAGGAGGAGAUCCUCAACAGUGUGAAGGGCUGCGGGAACUGCUCCUGCUAAAGAGGGGCCAGCUGUACAGUGGAUAUUAGUUUGCUGCAGCGUUUUGCAGUGGUACUCAGGUGUGAGCUGUUUAUAGAACACAUUGACCUUCUCUCUUCCUGUUUUAUAAUUGUAUUUGGCUGUCCUUGGCAGCACAUUGGUUUGAAUCCAUGUUCAUAAGCCAAAUUUGUGUUCACAUAAAGCGAGACUGUCCUCCCAAAUGCUAUAUGUGUGUGUGUGUGUGUAUGUGUGUAUGUGUCUAUAUAUAUAUAAAAAAUAAAA